AUGAGGGAAUGGGGACCAGGUUUUAUCUACACAUGUGGCGGCACACUGAAAGGCCGAAAUGGCAGUAUAGAAUCGCCAGGUUUUCCCUAUGGCUAUCCCAAUGGAGCAAACUGCACCUGGGUCAUUGUUGGGGAGGAAGGAAGUAGAAUCCAGCUCAUCUUCUUGUCAUUUGCCAUAGAAGAAGAAUAUGACUUCCUGUCCUUGUAUGAUGGACAUCCCCAUCCUGCAAACUUCAGGACCAGGCUAACAGGCUUCCAGGUUCCUCCCCCGGUCACCAGUACGGGAAACGUCUUCUCUCUGAGGUUGACCAGCGACUUUGCUGUCUCCGCACAUGGCUUCAAACUCAACUAUGAAGAACUUCACAGUACAUCUUGUGGAAACCCUGGGGUCCCACCCAAAGCAGUGCUAAGUGGUGGCGGACGUUUUGCUGUAGGAGACCGUGUGCAGUACAGUUGUGUUCCAGGUUACGUCUUAGACGGCCACGCCACACUCACCUGCAUCACCAAUGCCGGAAACACCGCCGUCUGGGACUUUCCUGCUCCAAUUUGUCGAGCUGAGGACACAUGUGGGGGCACUGUGAGGGGCGGCAGUGGGGUGGUGACCAGUCCCGGUUACCCCGGCAACUAUGGUAACCAGGCCGACUGUACUUGGAUCCUAUUGGCCGAACCUGGAGACACCAUCUCUGUCAUCUUUACAGACUUCCAGACAGAGGAGAAGUAUGACUACCUGGAAGUGGAGGGAUCUGAACCACCAACCAUUUGGUUGUCAGGCAGUAAUGUUCCCUCACCCAUCGUUAGCAACAAGAACUGGCUCCGGCUGCAUUUUGUGACUGAUGGCAACCACCGUUACCGUGGUUUCAGCGCACAUUAUCAAGUGAAGCGAUCGGUAGAUUUUAAAUCGCGGGGCGUUAAAUUAUUCCCCGGCAAAGACUCCAGCAACAAGUUCUCAAUAUUAAAUGAAGGUGGUGUCAGACAGGCGUCCAACUCCUGCCCUGACCCAGGAGAGCCAGAGAAUGGAAAACGCCAUGGCAACGACUUCAGCAUUGGCAGUGUGGUGCAGUUCAGUUGUGGAGAAGACUAUGUUCUUCAGGGCAGUAAAACGAUCAGCUGUCAGAGAGUGGCCGAAGUCUUCGCCGCCUGGAGUGACCAUAGACCGGUCUGUAAAGUGAAGACAUGUGGCAGUAAUCUUCAAGGUCCUUCAGGAACCUUUACAUCUCCUAACUUCCCAAUCCAGUAUGAGAGUAACGCACAGUGUGUGUGGAUAAUUACUGCUUCAAAUCCCAAUAAGGUAAUCCAGAUCAACUUCGAAGAGUUUGACUUGGAGAUAGCCUAUGAUACUCUGACUAUAGGAGAUGGAGGGGAGGUGGGAGAUCCUACAACUAUACUGCAAGUCCUAUCAGGUAGCUUUGUUCCUGACCUGAUAGUCAGUAUGACGCACCAGAUGUGGCUUCACCUACAGUCAGAUGAGAGUGUCGGAUCUAUAGGAUUUAAGAUCAACUAUAAAGAAAUAGACAAAGAGAGCUGUGGUGACCCUGGGACUCCUCUCUAUGGAAUAAGGGAAGGAGACAGCUUUUCAAAUGGAGGAAUCCUGAGAUUUGAGUGCCAGUUUGGCUUCGAGCUUAUCGGAGAGAAAACUAUCUCCUGCCAAGACAACAAUCAGUGGUCGGCAAACAUCCCCAUAUGCAUAUUCCCCUGCAUGUCCAACUUCACAGCUCCCUCAGGAACCGUCCUCUCUCCAGAUUACCCAGAAGGCUAUGGGAACAACAUGAACUGUGUCUGGCUCAUCCAAUCAGAUCCAGGCUCCAGAAUCCACUUGGCAUUUAAUGACUUUGACCUUGAGGCACCCUACGAUUCCCUAACGGUGAAAGAUGGUGAGACAAAUGACGCCGUCGUCAUUGGGAGGUUCUCUGGAGCUGAGAGUCCUUCCCAUCUGACGUCCAAUACCAACACGCUGAGGCUGGAGUUUCAGGCUGAUCACUCCAUGUCAGGAAGAGGAUUUAAUAUCACUUACAGUACAUUUGGCCAUAAUGAGUGUCCAGACCCUGGCAUUCCUAUUAACGCUCGUCGCUUUGGAGACAGCUUCCAGCUUGGCAGCUCCAUCUCUGUGGUCUGUGAGGACGGUUUUAUCAAAACCCAAGGAACAGAGACCAUCUCCUGUCAGCUAGAAAGAGGAAAAGUCAUGUGGAGUGGGCCCAUUCCUAAAUGUGAAGCCCCAUGUGGAGGCCACUAUUCAGCCCCAAGUGGAGUGAUUUUGUCUCCUGGUUGGCCUGGUUACUAUAAAGACUCCCUCAGCUGUGAGUGGGUGAUUGAAUCAGAGCCUGGACGCUCCAUAAAAAUCACAUUUGACAGGUUCCAGACAGAGCUGGGUUAUGACUUCCUGGAGAUCCAUGAUGGGCCCAACCUCCUGUCUCCUCUGGUCGGCUCCUUUAAUGGCACCCAGGUGCCCCAGUUCCUGUUCAGCAGCAGCAACUUUCUUUAUCUCCUGUUUACCACUGAUAACAGCCGAUCAAACGCUGGCUUCAAAAUAUUAUAUGAAAGUGUUACGGUGGACAGCUACUCAUGUCUGGACCCUGGUAUUCCCGUCAAUGGUAUUCGGUAUGGACAGGAUUUCUCCAUUGGGUCCACAGUGUCAUUUGGUUGUGAUUCGGGCUACAGACUCAGCCAUGAAGAGCCGCUAGUAUGUGAGAAGAACCACUGGUGGAGCCACCCUUUGCCUACAUGUGAUGCUCUAUGUGGCGGAGAUGUUAGAGGUCCCUGGGGAACCAUCCUUAGCCCCGGCUAUCCAGACAGCUACCCUUCAUCUCUCAACUGUACCUGGACUGUUGAAGUCAGCCACGGGAAAGGAGUCCAGUUUCAGUUCAAUUCUUUUCAUCUGGAGGACCAACAUGAUUACCUCUUGGUUACUGAGAAUGGGAGUUUCCUGCAACCACUGGCUCGUCUGACAGGCAAUGAGUUGCCUAGCAACAUCAAUGCUGGUCUCUAUGGCAACUUCAAAGCCCAGCUACGAUUCAUCUCUGACUUUUCCAUUUCAUAUGAGGGCUUCAACAUAACUUUCUCUGAAUACACCUUGGAGCCAUGUGAGGACCCUGGAAUGCCUCGGUUCGGCAGGAGAAAUGGCUACAGUUUCGGCGUUGGUGACACAUUGUCUUUUUCCUGCAAUAUGGGCUACCGCCUAGAGGGGGCGCCAGAGUUGAUCUGUCUGGGAGGUGGGCGGAGAAUGUGGAGUGCUCCUCUACCAAGAUGCGUCGCGGAGUGUGGAUCUUCAGUUAUAAACAAUGAAGGGAUCCUUCUCUCUCCAAACUAUCCGAUGAACUACGACAACAACCAUGAAUGCAUCUAUAGCAUCCAGGUGCAGGCUGGGAAAGGCAUCAACAUCUCUGCUAGAACCUUUCAUCUUGCCCAAGGGGAUAUACUAAAGAUUUAUGAUGGCAAAGACAACACAGCCCACGUUCUUGGAGCAUUCACGGGAUCAUCUAUGUUGGGCCUGACGCUGAUUUCCACUUCAAACCACCUCUGGCUAGAAUUUUACAGUGAUGCAGACAGUACAGGAGAAGGAUUCAAACUGGUGUAUUCGAGUUUUGAGUUGUCUCAUUGUGAAGACCCAGGCGUGCCUCAGUUUGGCUUCAAGGUCAACGACCAAGGUCAUUUCUCUGGGAGCAGCAUCACAUACAGAUGUGAGCCCGGAUACACUCUGCACGGGGCUUCCACGCUGAAGUGUAUGACAGGGGAAAGGAGAGCCUGGGAUAACCCUCUGCCCUCUUGUAUCGCGGAAUGUGGAGGUCGUUUUAAGGGCGAGUCUUCAGGGAGGAUUCUUUCUCCUGGAUACCCGUUUCCCUACGACAAUAAUCUACGCUGCACUUGGACCAUUGAGGUGGACUCAGGAAAUAUUGUGAGUCUUCAGUUCUUGGCCUUUGACACAGAAGCCAGCCACGACAUGCUGAAGGUCUGGGACGGACCACCUGAAAAUGAAAUGUCUUUGGCAGAACUCAGCGGGUCUCUGCUACCUGAAGGAAUUCACUCCACGCUGAACACUGUCACUGUUCAGUUUGAGACUGAUUUUUAUAUCAGCAAAUCAGGAUUUGCUAUUCAGUUCUCCAGUUCGGUAGCUACAGCCUGCAGGGACCCAGGUGUACCAAUGAAUGGCAGUCGAAGUGGAGAUGGCCGUGAGCCGGGGGAUUCAGUGUCCUUUCAGUGCGACCCAGGAUACGAGCUCCAGGGGGACGACAAAAUCACCUGUAUACAAGUGGACAACAGAUACUACUGGCAGCCCAGCCCGCCUGUCUGCAUAGCUCCUUGUGGAGGGAACCUAACAGGCUCCAGUGGAUUUAUUCUCUCUCCUAACUACCCACACCCCUACCCUCACUCCAAGGACUGUGAUUGGCUCAUUGCUGUCAACUCUGACUAUGUCUUGUCAUUGGCCUUCAUCAGUUUCAACAUCGAGCCAAACUAUGACUUCCUGUAUAUCUAUGAUGGUCCAGAUAGCAACAGUCCUCUGAUUGGUAGCUUCCAGGACAGCAAACUCCCAGAGAGGAUAGAGAGCAGUUCAAAUACCAUGCAUUUAGCAUUCCGCAGUGAUGGGUCUGUUUCUUACACCGGAUUCCACCUGGAAUACAAAGCCAAACUGAGGGAAUCAUGUUUCGACCCAGGUGUGGUUCUGAAUGGGACCAGGCUGGGAUCUGAUUAUAAGCUGGGCUCUACAGUCACCUUCUACUGUGAAGCAGGAUAUGUUUUGCAGGGCUAUUCUACUUUAACCUGCAGUAUGGGAGACGAUGGCAGACCUGGAUGGAACAGGGCAUUGCCUAGCUGUCAAGCACCCUGUGGAAGUCGUUCUACAGGAUCAGAAGGGACUGUUUUGUCUCCAAAUUUCCCCAGAAACUACACCUCUGGUCAAACUUGUGUCUACUCUAUAUCUGUACCUAGAGAGUUUGUCCUCUUUGGUCAGUUUGUGUUGUUCCAGACAUCUCUAAAUGAUGUGGUAGAGAUCUACGAUGGACCCACACAACAAAACACACUAUUGUCUUCUCUUUCUGGGUCCCACUCUGGUGAGUCUCUUCCUCUGAGUACGGGAAACCAGAUCACCAUAAAGUUUACCACAGUCGGACUAGAAACUGCUAAGGGAUUCCACUUCGUCUACCAAGCUGUACCGAGGACCAGCUCCACCCAGUGCAGCUCAGUCCCUGAGCCACGCUUUGGGAAACGUCUCGGUAAUGACUUUGCAGUCGGCUCCUUGGUGCAGUUUGAGUGCAACCCUGGUUACAUCCUGCAUGGCUCUACUGCCAUACGGUGUGAAAGUGUCCCAGACAACCUGGCACAAUGGAAUGACACCCUGCCAACAUGUAUAGUUCCCUGUGGGGGUGUGUUGACCUCUCGUCGCGGAACGAUCCUGUCACCUGGCUAUCCAGAGCCAUACGACAACAACCAGAACUGUGUGUGGAAGGUCUCCGUUCCAGAAGGGGCUGGAAUACAGAUACAAGUUGUGAGUUUUGCAACCGAGCAUAACUGGGACUCUUUGGAUUUUUACGAUGGUGCUGACAACCACGCACCAAGACUGGGCAGCUACUCUGGCACCACUAUCCCCCCUCUGCUGAAUAGUACAUCUAACAACCUCUAUCUCAGCUUCAGCUCUGAUAUUAGUGUCUCAGCUGCUGGUUUUCACCUGGAAUAUACAGCUAUUGGUCUGGAGUCAUGUCCAGAGCCUCAGACUCCAAACUAUGGAAUUAGACAAGGAGACAGAUUUAUGGUCGGAGAUGUUGUGCAGUUUACAUGUGAACAAGGAUACUCUCUUCAGGGCAAUGCUCAUAUCACCUGCAUGCCUGGACCCGUUAGAAGAUGGAACUACCCUGUACCACUAUGUCUCGCCCAGUGUGGUGGGUCUAUGACAGAUGUAAGUGGAGUGAUUCUAAGUCCUGGUUACCCCGGCAACUACCCCAGUGGAUUAGACUGCACAUGGACAGUCAACUUACCCGUUGGGUUUGGCAUCCAUCUCCAGUUCCUGAACUUCUCCACUGAAGCGAUCCAUGAUUACUUAGAGAUCCGCAGUGGAACGCUCGAAACCGGCUCGGUCAUUGACCGGUUCAGCGGUCCAGUCAUCCCCAAGCCUCUGUUCAGCACCACCCACCAGACCAGUUUUUUCUUCCACAGCGACUAUUCACAAAACAAACCAGGCUUCCACAUCACAUAUCAAGCUUACCAGCUCCAGAGUUGUCCAGACCCUCAGCCAUUUCGAAACGGCAUUGUGAUUGGCACAGAUUUCAGUGUUGGGAUGACAGUGUCAUUUGAAUGCCUGCCUGGAUAUUCUCUGAUCGGAGAGGCUUCACUCACAUGUUUACAUGGAAUCAGCAGGAACUGGAACCACCCGUUACCACGAUGUGAAGCUCUCUGCGGUGGUAACAUCACAUCAUUAAAUGGAACCAUUUACUCUCCUGGUCACCCUGAGGAAUACCCCAACUUCCAGGACUGUGUGUGGAGUGUGAGAGUUCCUCCUGGACAUGGGAUUUACAUCAACUUUACUGUACUGAGCACUGAGCCCAUAUAUGACUACAUUACUGUCUGGGAUGGUCCAGACCAAUCUUCUCCUCAGAUCGGCCAGUUUAGUGGGAACACAGCUUUGGAGUCUGUCUACUCAACCUCCAACAUCAUCCUCAUCAAAUUCCACUCUGACUUCUCUGGGGCUGGCUUCUUUGUCUUAAGCUACCAUGCCUACCAAUUAAGGGUUUGUCAGCCUCCUCCAGAAGUGCCCAAUGCUGACAUACUGAUGGAGGACGGAGAGAUGGAGAUAGGUGACAUCAUCAGGUACAGAUGCCAUCCUGGAUUCUCACUGGUCGGCAGUGAGAUUCUCACCUGUCGCCUAGGAGAGAGACUACAGAUGGACGCACCACCUCCAACAUGCCAAGUCCAAUGCCCUGCACAUGAUGUGCGAUAUGACUCCUCAGGUAUCAUCCUGAGCCCUGGUUGGCCAGAAAGUUACCCUAACCUCCAAAUGUGUUCAUGGAGCGUUACAGUAGAGAAAGGAUACAACGUCACCAUUACCUUUGAAAGCUUCCACACUGAGAGAGAGUUUGACGUGUUGGAGAUUUUUGAUGGUCCUACAGCCAACAGUCCCACUCUGGCAACGCUGAGCGGCGAUCUGCCAACACCCUUUAACCUCACCACCUCUGGCCACCAGUUCCUGGUCCGCUGGUCGUCAGACCAUGGCACAAACAAGAAAGGCUUCAAAAUUCGCUAUGUUGCCCUGUACUGCUCCACCCCGGACUCUCCCCUCCACGGCUCUAUCUCCUCUCAGAGUGGCGGCCAUGUCAACAGCGUGGUGCGGUGGGCCUGCGACCGUGGUUACCGUCUCAUUGGCAACACCACAGCGACCUGCCGCCGCACAUCACUCGGCUACCACGCCUGGGAUUCUCCUUUACCUGCGUGUCAAGCUGUCUCAUGCGGGGCACCCAAAGCUCCUAUAAACGGCGGCAUUUUAACAGCUGACUACUCUGUCGGAACAAGAGUUUCCUAUUUUUGUAACGAUGGGUACAGGCUCUCCAGUAAAGAACUGACGUCAGCCAUCUGUCAGCCCGAUGGAACAUGGAGCAACCACAAUAAGAUACCACGGUGUUCUGUGGUAGUAUGUCCCAGCAUCGGGUCAUUUUCUUUGGAGCACGGUCGCUGGAGGAUUGUCAACGGCUCACACUACGAAUACAGAACUCGAAUCGUGUUCACCUGUGAUCCGGGAUACUACAGGCUAGGCCCCGCCCACAUCCAGUGCUUACCCAAUGGCGUGUGGAGCUGGAGAAACGAGAGACCGCACUGCCAGAUUAUCUCCUGCGGUGGACUACCAUCUCCACCCAAUGGGAAGAAGAUUGGUACUCAGACAACCUUUGGUGCUACAGCCAUCUUUACCUGCGAUGCUGGUUUCAUGCUGGUGGGGUCAGCAGUCAGAGAGUGCCUGUCAUCCGGGCUUUGGAGUGGAACGGAAACACAAUGUUUAGCUGGUCACUGUGGAAUCCCAGAAGGCAUUGUGAAUGGUCAGGUGAUCGGGGAGAAUUUUGGUUAUCGGGAUACGGUCGUGUAUCAGUGUCUACCUGGAUUUCGACUGAUAGGCUCAUCGGUUCGGAUCUGUCUCCAGGACAACCAGUGGUCUGGACAGCUUCCCGUCUGUAUAUCGAUCAGCUGUGGCCAUCCAGGAAGUCCCAUAUAUGGUCGUACGGUGGGAAAUGGCUUCAACCUCAACGAUGUGGUCAGCUUUGUUUGCAAUCGGGGUUAUGAAAUGGAGGGGCCUGCACAUGCUCAGUGCCAGGCCAACCGCCAGUGGAGCCACCCGCCCCCAACGUGUAAAGUGGUCAAUUGCUCUGAUCCAGGCAUCCCAGCCAACUCCAUUCGGCAGAGUAAAAUAGAGCAUGGCAACUUCACCUUUGGCACCGUGGUUUUCUACGACUGUAAUCCUGGUUAUUACCUGUUUGGGUCACCUGUACUGACCUGUCAACCUACUGGACAAUGGGACAAACCCCUUCCUGAAUGUAUAGUUGUUGAUUGUGGUCAUCCCGGCUCUCCCCCUAACGGUGUGCUGAGCGGAGAUAAGUUUACAUUUGGUUCAACGGUUCGGUACUCCUGUCUGGGGGGAAGACAGCUGAAAGGAGAAUCAUCCAGGACUUGUCAGCUCAAUGGGAUGUGGAGCGCCCCUAUGCCCUUCUGCUCUGGCGACACAGCUGGUUCCUGUGGCGAUCCUGGCAUUCCCUCCCAUGGUUCAAGGGAACAAACGGAUUUCAGGAUCCGUUCCAAGGUUUACUUCAGCUGCUCAGAGGGCUAUGAUCUUAUUGGUUCUUCAGAGAGGAUGUGCUUCCCUAACGGGACCUGGUCUGGCACGCAGCCCUUCUGUAAACCUGUCCAGUGUGGUAACCCUGGCACUCCCAGUAAUGGCAGAGUAUUUCGUUUGGAUGGAACGACGUUUUCUCACUCUGUCAUCUACUCCUGCAUGGACGGCUACCUGCUCACUGGCGCCAACACUAGGCAGUGUCAGGCCAACGGGACAUGGUCGGGAGUACAACCCAACUGUACCAUGAUCAACUGCGGGGAUCCAGGUGUGCCGGCUAACGGCCUUCGCUACGGAGAAGACUUCACAAUUGGUCAGAAUGUUUCCUUCCAGUGUCAGCCAGGAUACAGAAUGGAGGAGGAUGGAUCACCCGUGAGGACGUGCACCCAAAAUGGGACGUGGAGUGGGAAUAUGCCUUUAUGCACAGCGGUGACCUGCCCGGCUCCCCCUGCCAUCAGUAAUGGGGUACUGCAGGGCAGUGACUUUGAAUGGGGCAGCAGCGUGAGUUACAGUUGCUCACCUGGGUAUGAGCUCUCAUUCCCAGCUGUCCUGACCUGUGUGGCCAAUGGCACCUGGAGCGGCAUGCUGCCACAGUGCUUACCCAAGUUUUGUGGUGACCCGGGAACUCCGGUCGGUGGUUUCAGAGAAGGACGAAGUUUCAUCUAUCAAUCAGAAGUGUCCUUCAGCUGCACUCCACCUCUCCUCCUGGUCGGCACAGCAACCAGACUUUGUGAAAGUGACGGUGCCUGGAGUGGGACGCAGCCACGCUGUAUCGAACCAACCAAAACCAGCUGCGAUAACCCAGGAACGCCACGCUAUGGCUCCUUAAACCGGACCUAUGGUUUCAAGGUGGGAAGUGUGGUGUCAUUUCAGUGCCAGCCAGGCCAUUUGAUUCAGGGCUCUUCCUCUAGGACCUGCCAGCCUGAUCUGACAUGGAGCGGGACACAACCUGAGUGCAUACCCCAUGCCUGUAAGCAGCCAGAGAGCCCGCUCCAUGUGGACGUGGUGGGGAUGGAUCUGCCUGGUUUUGGCUACACCUUGGUGUACAGCUGUCAGCAUGGCUACUUCCUGGCAGGGGGUUCUGAACACAGAGUCUGCAAGAGUGAUGGCACUUGGACUGGAAAGAUGCCUAUAUGUCGAGCUGGAGAGAAGAAGAAACCUGUAAAACCAGCAACAGGAACUCCAAGCCCAAAACUAAAUGUUCCAGAUGAUGUCUUUGCUCCUAACUACAUAUGGAAGGGUUCCUAUAAUUACCGUGGGAAGAAGCAGCCUAUGACACUGAGCAUCACCACCUUCAACUCCACAACAGGGAGAGUCAACGUUACCCUUAGCAAUGGCAACAUGGAACUACUCCUAUCAGGAGUGUAUAAGGCUUCUGAGGCCAGGCUGUUACUGCUGAUGUACCAGGUGAACUAUGUGAACCUGGGAAACCAGCUGAAAGAUUCAGCCAUCUCCCCAGCCAAAAUCAUAGAUGACUCCUGGACCAUGGAUGGAUUUGUAUCAGCAGAGCCUGAUGGUUCAAGUUAUGUAUUCCAGGGUUUCAUUCAGGGAAAAGACUAUGGACAGUUUGGACUGCAAAGACUUGGUCUGAAUAUGUCGGAGAGUCCGAACUUGCCGUCCCCUCAGCCUGGUACCAACAGCAGUUCUGUGGCUAUCGCUAUUCUGGUGCCUUUCUUCGCUCUGAUCUUCACAGGCUUUGGCUUCUAUCUCUACAAACAAAGAACCACACCAAAAACACAGUACACCGGCUGCUCAGUCCAUGAAAACAACAACGGCCAGGCUGCCUUUGAGAACCCCAUGUACAACACCAACGCCAAGGCUGUGGAGGGGAAGGCUGUUAGAUUCGAUCCAAAUUUAAAUACUGUCUGCACCAUGGUCUGA